AUGCAAUUGAGGAGUUUACUUCUGGGCACUACUAGCGCCUUGGCCUGGCUUGGAGCUUCCGCUCGUCUACUGACCGUACCGACAACGCCGUUCACUGAAACAGGAGGCACCUACGAUCUUGCUCAGCUUACACAUAUUGUGGUAGAUUCUCGAUAUGCUGAUGAGGUCGACCACAAUAGCCAGACUUGGAUCCCUCCAACUCUGCAGCAGUUCGCGGAGACCUUCCAAGAGGACCUCAAGUCUGUCCUAGGAUUGACUGUGCAGCUCGCAAAGAGCACAAAGCGCAAACCUAAUGCGAUAUUUCUUACCCUAGGGAACAACACCGAUUUCAAGGAUGUUGCUGGACGGCCUACCUCGGAAGGAUACUCUCUCAAGGUCGAUAAUAGGGGCCUGGUCAUCACUGGCGCCAGUCCUUUGGGCGCAUGGUGGGCCACCCGGUCAAUCAUCCAGGCAACUGCUGGAGACUCGACCAUUGCCAAGGGGCUGGGCGCAGACGCACCUGGCUGGGGUACUCGCGGUGCUUUUCUCGAUGCCGGCAGACACUACUAUCCGCCUGACUUCCUGAUUGAGAUGUGCUCGUACCUUUCAUUCUUCAAGCAGAAUACUUUCCACAUCCAUCUUAGCGACAAUCUCUACAACAAUCUAGAUAUUUACUCGCACGAACAGUCGAUGAAUCUGGCAGCCGCGUUCCGUCUCUUGACCGACGACCCAGCAGUAGCUGGUCUGAACCGCCACGGAGCCAAUGAGUCGUACACUCGUGAGCAAUUUGAUAACAUCCAAUCCCAGUGUGCGCGUCGUGGAGUCACUGUCAUUCCUGAGAUUGAGGCCCCUGGUCAUGCGUUGGUCAUCGUGCAGUGGAAGCCCGAACUUGGUCUUGAGGACGUGAGCAUGCUCAACAUCAGCCACCCAGAUACUAUCCCCACGAUGAAGACAAUCUGGAAAACUUUCCUGCCCUGGUUCCACAGCAAGGUUGUGCACAUUGGUGCGGAUGAAUAUGACAGCAGUCUGGUCUCAGACUAUACUCACUUCGUCAAUGAGAUGAAUACUUUCAUCCGGUCCGAGUCCAACGGUCAAAAAUCGAUGCGCAUCUGGGGCACCUUUACUCCUAAGGAGGGUGCCAAUGUUUCCAAGUCUGUCUCUUACCAGCACUGGGAUGUCAGCGCCGACGAACCGUACUACGACUAUAUCAUGAACGGAUACAACGUCCUCAAUUCAGACGAUUAUAUGUACCUCGUCGGCGGGUGGUCCGGGUCCUUCCCACAAACACUAACCCAGGACAAGGUCUUCAAUGGCCCAUAUGGUGAAGCCUACUCCCCAGUCACCUUCGAUACCAAGAAGAAGGGCGACAACCCAGCGCGCAACAACCCCCACGUUCUCGGCGAGAUAGCCGCAAUCUGGAACGACUACGGCCAGAACUCAACUACCGUGCUACAGGCCUACUACUCCUGGCGCAACGCUCUCCCCGCAUUGGCAGAUAAGCAAUGGGGCGGCAACAUCACCCAGGAUGAGUAUAACUCGGUUUUCGAUACCCUGCAUGCUUUGAUUCCAGGGCAGAAUUUGGAUCGCAAAAUCCCCAGCAAGACAGACACAAUCUUGAAGUAUGCCUUCGACGAUUCCUCAAACACAAUCACCGACCACUCCGGCAACGGAUAUCAUGGUACCAUUCACGGCUGCAAGGUCUCAGACUCGACGCUUCACCUCGCAGACGGAUGUUACCUAGAAACACCCCUCGGCAGCAAGGGGCGCGACUACACGCUCUCCUUCCGAGUCAAGCCCACCUCCAGUACACCUGGAACUCUGUUCGCGGGACCAGAUUCAAUGUUCGUUAACGGCAACGGAAGUAUUACAAACGCGACUCUGAUCAGUGGCGGGAGUGCGUAUUCGUUGAACUAUACGUUGCCUGUUCAGCAGUGGACUGAUGUCAGUCUGAUGGCGCAUGGGAACAAGACUAUGUUGACUGUCGGCAAUGGCAAGAAGGCGACGACGAUGGAGUUUUUGGCGAAGAUUGGGGUUAAUGGGGAGUAUCAUGUGUGGGCGCCUAUUGCGGUGGAGGCGCCGUUGGCGAGGAUUGGAGAGGGGUUCACUGGAUUGAUGCAGAACGUUGUUUUGAAAGGAACCGCCUCUUAG